AUGGCCGGUCAGGGCUUCGCCGCGCGCAUCGCUGAUCGGCGUGCGGAGCGUCCCAUGAAAACGCCGGGAGGGCGGGGGGAGCUGUCACUCAGCCGGCCCUACCUGGCACGCGGAGGGCGAAGCGCGGGCCGCCGCGGCCCCGUCACGCCUCUCCAGCACCCGGGCUGCGGGACACGCGUGCCGGUUCCCUCACAGCAGCGAGGGCCGUCUCGCCUCUCGCCCACGUCGCUCGCGGGGCCUGCGCUCUCGCCCACCCACGUCCGCGGCGGCCCCUUUUCUGCCUUCCAGAGGCCUCCGCCGCGCCUCCGCCCUCGUUCCUCUGGGCCGCAGGCAUCCACCGCCAGCCGGCCUGCCCUUCGCUUGCCCUUCCGACCCAAUUCCUACCGAAUCCCGCUUCCCACCGUCGGGGCCUCGAGGAGACCGAUGUUUUUACAGACGCGCACCCCAACGCUGGCGGGGUCGCCACAGCCACACCCCAGAGAAAGGGGAACCAUGUCUCGACUGAGGUAUAAAGAUACUCGGAAUGACACAUGGAUGUGCAGAACUUCAGAGCCAAACCCAACCUUGUCCAAGAUCUUGGAAUGUCCCAGCAGCAUCCCACCCCUUUGGAUGGACAUUAGCUGCAGUCUAGGGUGUAAGAUAGGGUAAGGGAAGAAUAAUGAAGGAGGUAGCUGUGGUGAUAGGGUUAGUUGCGUUAAAUGAUUUUCCUUUUUUUUUUUAUUCAACUGUAAAAAUCGUAGUGGGUGCCAAUAAAAAAUACGCUCCUGGAAUUGUUAGGAGGCAUAUUACAUAGCAAACAAACAUGGGGAGUAGAGUCAGAAGUGAAUAAAAAUAUAAAAAAUAUGAAAGCAUCCCAGUCUUUCAACUAUACAAGUGUGCAUAACUCAUCAGAAUAAAACCAUCAUGGGAACAUUUUAAUUACUGCUGUCAGUGUCUGCCUCACAGGAAUCAACUUCUCUAUGUGCACAGCCAUUUAUGUGCCUGCUCUUAGAGUGCAGUUUUUUCAUGGCAGGGACCAAAUGUGUAUAAAGUUUGCACAACAACAAGCACAAAAUGCUUCUGAAUCUCCCCUGACCCAAUGUAUGAGGCCUCCUUUUAGGAGCCCUAUGGCAAGUGCACUGUUAUAUCCUGUUACAUGGCAGGGGAGGGACACAAGGCCAGUGAGACCGUUUUCCUUCCUUCCAGCACCUUGCCAAGGAGCAUAUUUUCCAGUUGAGAUGCCCCUCUCCGACUCCCUGACCCCAGCUGCUAGACACAGCUGGAUCACAAGUUAGGCUUACCCAGUGGACUUGGCAUCUGGUGUCCCAGAAUGGAAGAAGCUGAGAUGUAAAUGACUGAGGUAUGGAGGUAAAGGUAGGAGAGCACCAGAAGAAAAUUAAAUGCAUGAAUCUCAUUUAGUUUGGAUGAGGUGAGACAGAUUUUUAUUGAGACCACCUUUCAAAAAUAUAUGUAAAAUAACUGAAAAUUGAAAAGUUCACACUAAAAUUAAAUAGGGAGAGUAGUGAUAGAGACACAAAAAACGGGGCCAAAAUGACAUCAAGAGAUCUCUUAAUCCACCCUCCUGUGCCAAGGCUGGAUAAAUGAGAGAGAUAUGGUUAUGGACUGAUGUAUGUUUGAUUAUUCUAAAGUAUUUAAUCUAAAGCAGAGAAUUCCACAAUUUUCUCCUACAUUCUUGCCUAGCGUUUAUUGUCAGAAAGUUUUUACUAAUGUAACUCUUCCAUGAUGUAAUUUUAGCACAUUCUUUUCUCAUGCUAUCCACAAUGGACGUGGAGAACAGAUGACAAUCUCUGAUUAUUUGAAAGCCUCUCACAUCUCUCCAGUCAUUCAUUCAAUAAAUUAAACCCCUAGCUCUUUCAUUCUUGCCUCACAGGACAUGUUUUCUAAUUCUCCAGUCAUUUUCCUUUCUUUCCUUUGGAUUGCCU